UCUUUUAUCCAACCUGUUCCCAACCUUACUUUUUCCAACGUGCUUACUUAUCGCAUUCUCUAACCAUGGAGUCCCCCGCCAUCCCGGUCCCGCUGGAUCCGCGGGAGCAGCCCAUCCUUGAAAACCUGCUCCGAACCCGCGACGCGCUGCUCCUAAUCAAACGGGACAAGUCCUCAUAUGUAAAGUCCCGCGAUGUCCUACCACUUUAUGAGGAAGUGGUCGCAGAAGUUGAGAAGCUCAAUUCGGUUCGUAAAGAGCAAGAUCGCCGUUUGAUACACAAUCGCCUGGAUUAUAUCUUGGAUGAUUGCUUCCAGUUGAUCUCCCUGCUGUUUUUGACAGUUGGGAAGAACAACGAAGCUCCCGCAGUAUACUCCUUGGCGACUACUAUCCAGCGCUUACUCGACCACCUUGAAGAGGCUGGAUUCUACAGCUCGAAGGAUUUGAAAUCGAUCACCAAGACACUAGAGUCUACACGGGAAACUCUUGAGCGUGGCCGAAACACAUACUCACCGGCUCUUCUCACACUCUUGGAAAGCCGUCUGGAACAAUGUGAACAGUCACUGGCGAAGUUGCAGAAGGGUCUUGCCGUAUUGGCUCCUCCCUUGGCGCAGACACACGAAACACUGGUUUCAAUUUUGCGGUCGACAUCAGCUGUGAACACUCGGUCAAAGUUCUCAGCUUCGGAAGUAAACGCGCUUCGAGAACAGCUGAAGAAAAUCGAAAAUACAUCAAAGGACGGCAACUUUGUGGAUGAGGAGGGAAAUGUUCUUGCAGGGCAGGACGACCUCAAGUCUUUGAUUCACAGGUGUUGGCGGUGGACUGAAAUUGUGCUCGAGCGAGAGGGCAAAAUUGAUGCACGGUUUCAAGAACAAUACGAACGAUUGUUGGAAAUCCGCAACCAACUGGAUCGUUUGUCUGUAACACAAGCUUGGUCGCUGCGCGAAACCGACCUUUUUGUAUACCAGCGAAAGCUUGACCGAAUUGAUGAGGCACGCGUUAAUGGAAAUUUCGUCGAUGCUGAGGGCCAGCCAGCGGAUCUGCACGCGCAGCGAACGCUCCUCUACCUGAUUCGUCGCAGUUAUGCAUACAUCUAUGCGCUUUUGAUUUCAUCAGAACCUGUAUCUGAAGCUCUACUCCCAGUCUAUAACCAACUUCAAACUCUCCGCCGGUGUUUGAUUGAAGUUAAAGAGUCUGGGGGUGUUGCAAAUUCGCGCGAACUUUACCCAUACAGCAUGAAGCUCAACUCGAUUGAUAACAUGCGAGUUGAUGGGAAAUUCUAUGUGGGUCCAGAUAUCCCGGAGGGCCAGGGCAGUGUCAAUAACCUGCUAGCUGAAUGCUACGAUUUGGUUUGGGAACUCCGUGCCGCAGUGGUUGACGAGGGAGAUGAGUCUUAA